UAUCUUUGGAACGUUUCCUACACAACAACAACACAAGCAACAAUCUCUCCAAAUUUCGCAGCGUGCAGCUUUGAGCAAGAGGAAACCUUUGUGUAAACUGGACCAUAUCGUAAAGAAGAAGAAGAAAUCACACUCAAAACAGGUGUAAUUGCACAUAUAAAGACGAGAGGACUUAAGCGCUACAUCGGAGUGACCACACAGCGGCUACCACAAACGUCGGAAGGGGGAGGAAAUCUUGACUGAGAGUGCACACACACACAACUAUAUCACUAGUUGUGUGAAGCGAAGCCACUGUCUUGGUCUGGUGUGGUCUUGCGUGGCCAGCGGCUGACUCUGGAAUGGAUAGUCAUGAAGAAGACGGUGAAAUAAGGGACGAAGGGCGCCAUCACCCCCAAAUUUCUAUUGAGGAUAAUGAAGUCGAAGAGGAUGAGUUCAGGUCCGGUAUGUCUUCUUAUGAUGGGGAUCAAGGUGACAGCCUUGACAUCAAGCCUCCCCAGGCUGUAGUACAGCGUCGGGAGAAGCGUGAAAAACGUGACAAGAGAGAUCGGCAUCGCCACAAGGCUGAGCGGCAUAAAGAGCGUCAUCGUAAUCGAGAGCACCGGGGCCAUGAAGAAAGGCGCCGUGACCACCGAAGACAUAGAGACCGAAGCGAGGGUGAGAGACGAGAGACUCGUGAAGUUCGUGAGGCCCGACGACAUGAAAAACGACAUGAGAGAGUGCCCAAACAUGAGAGGCCUGUUAUUGAUCUACGCAGUAAGAUUGAAAAGAGAAAGAUGGUCGACAGAGACAUGGAGAGACGACGAGAACGGGAGCGUGAAGAGUACUAUGUAGAUGAAAGGGACCAAUAUGAGCGCAUUGAGUAUCAUCGCGAACAUCAAGGCCGUGGUGGAAUGGGAGGAGGUGGCGGAAUGGGUGGCAAUGAAUAUGCUCCAUAUCCUCACCACAGACGAGAGGAGAGACCAUUGGUUCAGUUGUCACCGAGGGAGCGAGCUGAACGUGAUAGAAGGAUGGAGAGAUUCCUCGUCGCAGAUAAACAAAAGGAGUUAUCACAGCGAGAAGCUGAGACAAGAAGACAGAGACGGGAGGAAGAGAGACGUGAGGAGGAGAGACGAGACGAGCACCAAGUGGGGCGUCAUCGUGGGGACAUGUUACAACACAGACAUAGUAGGACUCACUCUCCCAAUGAAAUGCCAAUACAGAAGAAGCGGAAACAUCACCAUGAUCCUUAUCCCUCUACAGAACCCACUGAAGAAGUUACAAUUGUAAGCGAUGAGGAGGAAGAGGGUGAGUACGAAGAAAUUAUGGAGCCUGAAGUUCGCAAGGGUUCCAAAGAGCGAAGAUCAGACGAAGAGGGAAAAAAGAAAAAGAAAGAUGACAGCAGAGUGGUGACUCAGGUAGAGUCUGGUGCCAGCGGCUCCUCUGACAGUGAAUCUGACUCAGAGAGGGCACGCUCCCCCACGCCCCCUCAGAGGAGUCAGUACCAUAGUGACAGCACGAGCAGUGAGACAGAGGUGGAGGAGGAUGAAGAGGAGGAGGAGGAUGAGGAGGAAGAGGAGGAGGAGGAGAAGGAUGACGAUACUGUUAAGAAGGAGAAAGACUCUGGUGAUCUGUCUGUGUCGGGCAGUGGCUCUGGAUCGGCAAGAUCGGGUACUCUUUCACCUAACCAAGCUGGCCGCUAUGAAGACUCUCCCACCGUGGAGGACCGACGAUCAGACCGUGAAGAGGCUAAUUACAUACCGGAUUCAUCUCCUGAAUCUCCAUUAGAACUCAAGGAAGAUUUACCCUCAUACUAUCCUGCUAUCAUGGGCUGCCGUUCUGUUGAUGAGUUUGAGUGUCUGAAUAGGAUUGAGGAGGGAACUUAUGGGGUGGUGUACAGAGCCAGGGAAAAAGCAACAAAUCAAAUAGUUGCUCUCAAGAGACUUAAGAUGGAGAAGGAAAAGGAGGGUUUUCCUAUUACCUCACUGCGAGAGGUCAACACGCUGCUCAAGGGACAGCACGAUAACAUAGUGACUGUGAGAGAAAUUGUGGUGGGAAGCAACAUGGACAAAAUCUACAUUGUUAUGGACUAUGUAGAACACGACCUGAAGAGCCUCAUGGAGACGAUGCGACAGAAGAAGCAGAUGUUUACCAUCGGGGAGGUGAAGACUCUGAUGAGACAGCUACUGAGAGCUGUGCAUCAUCUACAUGACAACUGGAUUCUCCACAGAGAUCUCAAGACGUCCAAUUUGCUCCUCUCUCAUCGGGGCAUUUUGAAGGUUGGAGACUUUGGCUUGGCCCGAGAAUAUGGUUCACCGCUCAAGCAUUACACUCCUAUAGUGGUGACCCUCUGGUAUCGUGCUCCCGAACUCCUGCUUGGGGCGAAGCAGUACUCCACCCACAUUGAUGUCUGGUCUGUCGGCUGCAUCUUCGGCGAGCUGCUUGGCAUGGAGCCCAUGUUCCCUGGAAAGUCAGAAAUUGAUCAGCUUAAUAAGAUUUUCAAGGAUCUCGGAACACCAAGUGAAAAGAUCUGGCCUGGCUACAGCCAGUUGCCCCUUGUGAAAAAGACGCAGUUUGCAGAUUUUCCGUAUAACCAUCUGCGUGAUAGGUUCAAGACAAGGCUGUCUGACCAGGGAUUUAGCCUUCUUAACAGGUUCCUAACAUAUAACCCUCAGAAGCGCAUUACAUGUCACGAAGCAAUAAGUCAUGAAUAUUUUCACAAAGAGGCUCCAGCACCAGUGGAUCCUGCAAUGUUUCCAACGUGGCCAGCCAAGUCAGAAAAUCCUCAUGGCCGCUCCAAAAAAACUGGCCUCAGUCCCAAGCCCCCAUCUGGUGGCAAGAACUUCAAGGAAUUGGCUGAUGUGGAUGAUGAGCUGGCUGCUAGAGGAUUCUUUUUGGGUGGAGCAAGUGCGAGUGGACCUGGCUUUGUUCUUAAGAUGUAAAAGUGCAAGUGGGUCUGGCUCUGGUCAUAAGAUGUACGGGUGCCAGUGGACCUGGCUCUGUUCUCAAGAUGUGAAAGUGGGCCUGGCUCUGGUCUUAAGAUGUACGGAUGCCAGUAGACCUGGCUCUGUUCUCAAGAUGUAAGGGUGCCAGUGGAUCUGGCUUCAUUCUCACUAUGAGAGUGAGUGUGGACCUGACUUUAUAUUCAAGAUAAUUGCAAAUGGAUCUUGCUACUGUAUAUACAUGGAUGUGAAAGGUAAUUUUCUGACAAAAGCAAGUUUUGAUGAUAUGUGAUUAACCUGAAAUAAUGUUCAAAUCCCUGUUCAGUAAGCUUGGCCUUUUCUCCUGUUUUUUUAAAAGAUUUUGUAAAUUCCAGUGAAACCAUAGUUUUGUCUUAAAACCGAGGAGCCACUGUGCUGUUGUGUGCAUAUUCCUGUCUUUAUUUAACCCUUUUUAAAUUUUAUUUCGAGAGCAAGAUUGUUAAGCACUUAUGACAACAUUUUCAGAGGGUGCCAGUUUGGGUGAAUGUGAAGAUGUACAUUUAAGAUGGUUGUGCUGUCUGGCUGUAUAAUUAAACAUUUAUAAUAU